AAAAAAGAAAGACAGAAAGAAAGAAAAGAAGACACCGCGGGACUCGACUCAAAUUGUGGCUCCACUAAAAGCAAGCAUCGAUCCUAUAUUCUGAUCAAUUUUCUCAUGUCCUCCAGAAAUGCUGCCACGUGCAUUUCUAGUUUCUACUCAACACCGAAAGCAGAGCUAUCCAUCCGAUGCAGCAGCACGCCUCUUCUCUCUCCCUCUCUCUCUCUUUCUUUCUCUCUCUUUAUAUAUAGAUAUAUAUAUAUAAUACUUGUUGCAUGGCUCUCUAUAGUCAUUUUCAUUCCCUCUAGUCUCCGCUCUUCACUCGAUCACCCCAACAAUUUAUAAUCCCGCCUUUGAUUGCAAUUACAAGUCAUUUCGGAGCGGUUACUUACCUUUGUUAUCACCCAUGCAACAAAAUAAUCCUUCUCCCUUCUUCCUCUCCGCAGCCUCUGCUCUCUCUCUCUCUCUCCCUCUCUCCAUCGAACUGCUAUUAGUCUGAAGGAGGAGGGAAACAAGUGACAAGCGGAAAAAAAAAAAAAAUGUUGGAGCACAGUGGAGAUGCCCUGCCUCUGACUCAUCUGAACCACAUCUCACUCGUGUGCAGAUCGGUGAAGAGAUCUCUCGAUUUCUAUCAACACUUUCUUGGCUUCAUCCCCGUCAAGAGGCCCGGAUCUUUCGACUUCGACGGUGCAUGGUUGUUCAACUACGGUGUGGGGAUCCACCUACUGCAGUCGGAGAAUCCGAAUGGCAUGCCCGAGAAAACAGAGAUCAAUCCCAAGGACGACCACAUCUCUUUUCAGUGCGAGAGCAUGGCUGUGGUGGAGAACAAGCUGAAGGAGGCAGGCAUACCGUACCUCAGAAGGAGGGUGGAGGAGGAGGACGGCGGAACCAGAAUCAGCGUGGAUCAGCUCUUCUUCCACGACCCUGACGGGUUCAUGAUCGAGAUAUGCAACUGCGAUAAUCUACGAGUCAUUCCUCUCCCCGCCCAACCUCUUGCAUCUCGCAACCCUGCAAGCUAGCUUCGAGAAGCACAUGAGCUAGGAUCAUCCGACGACCAUCACCCGCACUCCUUACAUCUUCCGACGGAAACCCCAUCGAUCAGACCAUGUACACCCUUCCUUGACCCUUGUGAAGUGUGAACUAAUGAAAUCGCUAGUAUAUAUUUUGAUGUGUACACGCAUUGCCGAGCAAGCUGCGAGACAUAUAUGAAGUUAAAUUGAUCAUAUACGGUUGGCGUGCAUUAUCGUGUAUUAACGAUUAAUUAGGACUUGUUUAAUAGCGGACCGCCCUUAAUUAAUACGUACCACAGUUUACUUGA